GGUCCUCCUGCGAGCUUAUCCGCCGGCCCCAGGAUGGCACGGCCUCUGCCCGCAGCGCGGCGUCCGCUCAGCGUGCUCCUUUUGGGAUGGGGGCCCAGGUCCGGCCUAGGGAGCCAGGGCCGGGACCCGGAACUGUUGACUCAGCGCGACGGGGUCCGACCCCUGUCCCGUCGAAAGCCUCUCGGGGGGCGGGAGCCCUGCGUUAUUGUCCAAUCAGAAAGCUGGGGGUCGGGAGCUGGCGGUCCGCCAAUCAUAGAGCCCGGCGUGAGACCCGCGGUCCAAUCAGAGUCAGGGGAYGGAGCGCGCGGACCCGGCGUCCCCGGGAGGGCUCCCCGCUCAGCUGCAGCGUCGCGUGGCCGCGGAGGAGCUCAGGAUGGGCUCUGUGACCUUUGAGGACGUGGCUGUGAACUUCACCGUGGAGGAGUGGGCACUGCUGAGUUCGGCUCAGAGGGACCUGCACAGAGAGGUGAUGCUGGAGACCUGGCAGAACCUGGCCUCAGUAGAAAACUCUGGAGACCAUCCCCUGGAAGAUGAGCCUGAGAGCCAAGGGGCACACCUGAGAGGUCGUGUGGAGGACAGCCUCUGUGGAGGCGGCGAGGCUCCCCUCAGCCCYGGCCCACGUCCCGGCCACUGUGUGCGAGGUGCUCCUGACCCGAGGCCGUGCGGGAGGGCCACCGGGUCGCCCUGUGGACAGUGGCCCUGUGGGCGUUGGGGGUGCGGACAGGCCUGCACCUGCCCCUGGCUGCCGGGCAGCCACGGAGAGAAAGCCAGCGGGGAGGAACCGUGCGAGGGGACCUUUCCUCUGUCCGCCCUCGCGGGACAGCUCGGGACGCGCACUGAGGGYGGAAGCGACGCGGGCCAGGCGUGGGCGACAGCGCCCCCCGGGGUGUGCAGUCCCUCGGGCCUCGCGAGGGGGGACCACGCGGCCGAGGGGCCGGGCAGAAGUGAGGACCGUGGGAAGGACUCUGUUGGUGCCUCCCGGAGACCCGUGGGGACCGUCCCUGGGGGAAAGCCCUACGCGUGCGAGCAGUGCGGCAGGAGCUUCCAGCACUCCAGGUCCCUCACGCGACACAGGAAGACACACCACGGAGCCCAGGACACCCACGAGGGCCAGCGCACCAAGGGCCAGCGCGCCGAGGGCCAGCGCACCGAUGCGGCCGGGGGCCAGCGCACCGAGGGCGCGGCUGCGGCUCGGAGGGAGUUCACGUGCAGCGAGUGCGGGAAGGUCCUGGCCUACCCGUCAGCCUUCCAGAACCACCUGCGGACGCACUCCGGGGCCAAGCCCUACACCUGCGGGCAGUGCCAGAGGCCCUUCAAGUACCCGCAGUCUCUGCAGCGCCACGAGAUGACCCAYGCCCGCAAGGAGCCCUACGAGUGCGCGCGCUGCGGGAAGACCUUCAGCCUGCCCGAGACCCUGCGUGCGCAYGGGGCCAUGCACGACGCCGAGGGCCAGCCCUCGGCCCCCCCAGGCCCAUGAGGGGACCCGAGGGCCCACAUGGCGGGGCCCUCCCAGGGUGGGUGUGGAAACGCCUCCGGUGGCCUCCCCUUCCAGGACAGGAGGACUCCGUCGAAGAGCRACGGACCAACGUGGGAGAGAGUGAAGGUGCCCCCAAUGCCAGGUCGUGACAAGGUCACCCGGACCUCACGCUGGAGAGAAGCCCCAUGAACGUGAGCAACGUGGGAGCCUGGGGCCCAUCCCUGAUCUUCACGGGGAGCCCAUCCAGGAGGGCAGAGGUGGGAAGGAUGCUUCAGGUGGCUCCUUCGAAACCCUGCCAAGAAGGCGCCCUGGCAGACGCCUGGGAAUGUGCCGCGGUCUGCCUGGGCACAA